GCAAGCGCAGAUGGCGUUCAAAAUUUCUACGUGGCUUCGAUUGGAGAUAUAAAAAUAGUGCAAUAUUCGGUACAAAAAUAUCCCUUUGCGGUUCUACAGUGCACUUUCGAUUCUAUACGUAGCGCAGACAUGUCUUCCGACUUUGGCAAUCCUCUUAGAAAAUUCAAGUUGGUGUUUUUAGGCGAACAGAGCGUGGGAAAGACGUCUCUUAUAACAAGAUUCAUGUACGACAGCUUUGACAACACUUACCAGGCAACAAUUGGGAUAGAUUUCCUGUCAAAAACCAUGUAUCUUGAAGACAGAACGGUGAGACUUCAACUAUGGGACACAGCAGGCCAGGAGAGAUUUAGAAGUUUAAUACCGAGUUACAUCAGAGACUCAAGUGUGGCUGUCGUAGUUUAUGAUAUAACAAACUAUAACUCUUUCCAACAAACAGCAAAAUGGAUUGACGAUGUUAGAACAGAGAGAGGAAGUGAUGUAAUUAUAAUGUUGGUUGGAAACAAGACAGAUCUUUCAGACAAAAGACAAGUUACAACAGAAGAUGGAGAGAGAAAAGCAAAGGAAUUAAAUGUGAUGUUCAUAGAAACGAGUGCAAAGGCAGGGUACAAUGUCAAACAGUUGUUCAGAAGAGUUGCUGCAGCGUUACCAGGCAUGGAAAGUACAACAGAUAAACAAAACAAAGAUGAUCUUAUAGAAGUUAAACUAAAGGACACACCCCCAGAACCCCAACCACAGAGUGGAGGCUGUGUCUGCUGAUUAUCUACUGAAAGCCAAGACUGUAGAGAGUCUUCUGUUGCAAUUUUUAUUCCUCCUUCUACAGUUUAAGAAAAACUAAACAAACUUUGUAGCUUCAAUAAUUUAUUGCUGACUUCUUUUAAUGGACUAGCAUUGCAUGCCUUGCUACAAAAUGCUAAAUUGCAGCUGUGAGGCAUCAUCGUGUUUAUAUUUGUCUUCAUUAGAAGAAGCUGUGGUUUGAGUUCUGCUAGUUAACAUGUACUCAAGGUCAGGAAAUUGGAUAGAAUGGUAAACAAAGUAGAGUUUGUUUUAAAUGUUGAAAAGCUAUGAAUUCAUAUAGAAGAGACGAUGGCAUUCCCAAUUAGGAAAAGUAUUGGUUAAUUUUUUAUCGCAAGAAACUUUAAAAAAGUUGAGACACAUGUAUAACUACAUGUACAUAAACACUAGACAAAGCCUCCACUUAGUUCAAUUACCAGUGAUAACAAAUGAAAUCAAAAUUUUUAUUUGUUCAGUAUUAUUUUGCAGAACUGUUUAUUUCUCAACCAAGCUUGUUUAUUAUUUUGUUUUAAAUUGAUGGGCUUAGUAACUCAAAUAACACUGUUUGUGGACAUGGCACAUUCAAUAAUCAAUACCAUUUUAUUUUGAAUCAGGGGUUUCAAUUAAGUUUUAUUUAACCCCUUUCACCAUAAGAACUGUAUUCAUAUUCUCUGCAGUGUUUUCUUUACCUUGUCUAUGAUACUGACAAUGAGAACUUGUUUGACAAUCAGAGCUCCUUAAUUAAAUUGGUGAUCAUUUCCUUUAUUCUUGUGACCUUUGAAUGUGAUUCAAGGCUGUCACUGUGAGGAGAAACUAGAAGCCAAUCACUAUUAGGGGUUGAAAGGUUAAGAUGCCAAUAGGAGUGGAACAGGCAACUGUCACCACUAACUUAAAAAACAAAAUCUAUACAAAUUGUGGUAAGAGGCCUAUAAGGUCUUCUAAGGAGUAGUAAAAGUGUCCUAAACUGCCUUCAUUGAAACCCUUGUAAAACUAGUUAUUCAUUACAUUUAGUCACUAUUUACAGUUGGAAUAAAAAAAUAAAUAAGUUUAGCCAGGUUCGAAUCUGGCAUUACUGCAUGCGAUUGUUUAAGUUUUACUGUGGGGCAUAGUAAUCUUCUAGUUUGGUCAAAAGAUUAUUUAUGUCAACUCCAGAGUGCCCCAAAAUUUUAUACCAAUAUGAUCAAUUUGAACUGUGUGACUUAAAUGAGUCUAUACUCAAUAUGUUAAGAAAUGAAAAAGGUACAAGGAAAUCUUUGCCUGACUUUUUUCUUAAGUAUGAUCAAGGGAAGGUAUUAAUGCAGAGGGAAGUUUUUAUAUCCUAAUAAUACUGAAUGUCUGGCCUAUGAAAACUCACAUUCGUCGAUUUUUUAUAUCAUUUUAAAAGGGGCAUACAAGAAACAGCAAAUAAGCAAAGAAAACAACUUGGAUUAAGGAUGAACCAGUUUGCCUGUCACCACCAAUAUUCCUAGAGUAUGUUUAAUGACAGACAUGUUUUUAUGUUUGAAACUCUUAACCUGAGGUUCUUUUGUUCUUAAUCUUUAGUCUGAUUAUUUUCAUAAUUGUUAUUGUUCAAACUUGUUUUAUAGAAUAAAUUCUGUAUAAUUUUAACAGAAA